AUGGCUGAGAAAGAACCGAAAACUGUGCCCGUUUCUUCUACCGAGGUAGAUACUGACUCUCUGGGGGCCAGUGUCAAAUAUGAUUCAGACAGAGAGCGUCAAGACAAGCAGAGCCAGCCUCUCCCGGGGAAAAGCACUUUCGAGACAGAAGACCAUCGCCUCUAUCGACCCAUCGACAGCUAUGAGGGCAUUCAUCGCUGGGAUCCUGACUUUGAAUGGACCGAAGAGGAAGAGAGGAAAAUCGUCAGAAAGAUUGACUGGCGAGUCUGCACGUUCGCGUGUGUUACGUUCUUCGCGCUGCAGCUUGAUCGAGGAAAUAUCAACCAGGCGCUCUCGGAUACGAUGUUGCAAGACCUACACAUGACCAGCAAUGACUACAACACGGGCCAAACCAUUUUCUUAGUCUGCUUUCUGAUCGCCGAGAUGCCCUCGCAGUUGAUUUCCAAGCGACUGGGCCCCGAUCGCUGGAUUCCUUUUCAGAUGGUGGCAUGGAGUUUAGUCGCCGCGUGCCAGGCAUUUUUGAAGACCAAAUCAGCUUAUCUAGGCAUCCGUGCCUUGCUUGGACUGCUUGAGGGUGGUUUCAUCCCUGACACAAUUCUUUUCUUAUCAUUCUUCUACAAGUCUAGUGAGCUCCCGAAACGGCUGACCUGCUUCUGGAUUUCAUACACCCUCACGAGCAUCAUUGGCGCAUUUCUAGCCUUUGGCCUGCUCCAUAUCAAGGACUCCAAUGGUGGCGGAUCCUGGAGGUACCUCUUCGCGUAUGAAGGUCUUAUCACUGGUGUUAUCGGCAUCCUCGCUGCUUUUUGGAUGCCAGCAGGCCCAACCCAGACCAAAGGCGGACUCCGAGGGAAAGACGGAUGGUUCAACGAGCGCGAAGAGAAGAUCAUGGUCAAUCGCGUCAUUCGCGACGAUCCAAGUAAAGGAACCAUGCACAAUCGCCAGGCUGUUACCCCAAAGCUCCUCUGGUACUCAUUAAAGGACUACCAUAUGUGGCCGAUCUAUGCUCUUGGAUUGAUUUGGAUGAUUCCCUACACCCCAGCCAGCAACUAUCUCACCUUGCAACUGCGCCAGCAAGGAUUUACCACCUUCCAAACCAACCUACUUGUGAUCCCUUCAGCUGUCGUCAGCAUCAUAACCAUGAUCACGACCACGUGGAUCGCAGAGCGUACCAACCAGCGUUUACUCCUCGGCGCCGCAGCUGAGAUUUGGUAUUUGGUCCUACUGAUUGCACUCGAGACGCUCCCUAUGAAAAGCAUGCCUUGGCCUCGAUUUGCCAUCCUAACUCUCACGGUCGGAGGGCCCAGCAUUCAUCCCGUCUUGGUAGCAUUGACCUCGCGGAAUGCAGGCUCUGUCCGGACACGAACGGUCGCUUCUGCGUUGUACAAUAUGUCCGUGCAAAUCAGUAGCAUUGCUUCUGCUAACGUCUACCGAACCGAUGAUGCACCAUAUUACAGGGAGGGAAAUAAGGUCACGAUCGCAUUGGCUGUUGUCAGCUUCUUCCUUUUCAUAGGAUCAAAGCUAUACUAUGAUUGGCGCAAUAGGCGAAACACCGAGAAAUGGAAUGCCCUCACCAGUGAACAGAAACAACAGUAUGUUCGGGAUAACUCAGUCAUGAACAAUAAACGACUUGACUUCCGGUUUGCCUCUUGA